CGGCGAGGCCGCGGGGGAGCCGCAGGGAGCGAGAAAGAAGAGGAGACGGGGCGGUGACGGUGUGUGCCCCAGUGGGCCCAAGCCAAAGGUGAAAACAGCGCCAGAAGCGGGGCUGCCCGCACGCGUACGCUGUGAGGGCUGCGUCGGGCGGCGGCGUCCCGCGCUGUGUCCUCAGCAGGUUUACUGCCUUACUCGUUGGGAUGCCGGAAACAGUAAAGGCGUGUUUUUCUUCCGUCUAGCUAGAGCUUAGACUGCAGAAACUAGAUCUUGAAGGCAGAGUUGUAUCUGGUUAAUUCACACCUGACGGAUACAAGUCAGCGCAGGACGGUCCGCCUGAACGUAGGGAAAAACUGCUCUGCUGUGAGGGUGACGGAGCACUGGCACGGGUGGCCCGGAGAGGCUGUGGCGUCUCCAUCCUUGGAGACAGUCAAAAGCCGUCUGGACGUGGCCCUGGGCAUCCUGCUUGGACAGGACUAGAUGAUCUCCAGAGGUCCCACCCAACCUCAACCGUGCUGUGAACCCAAAGUUUCAAGCUCGCGGUAACAUGUGUGUCAUCCAGGUUAAAAUUAAUUCAGUGCUCAGUUUGGGAGAAGAAUAAGUACAUCUUAGACUGUGAGAUGGGUCUGAUUUGUAUUGGAUUAGAAACGGAAAUUCCUGUGGUUGCCAGGGGAAAUGAAAUUUCUGCUCAUUAUUUUGCAAAUCUUUAAUUAGGCUGCACUGAAAACAACAGCGGCAUUAUUUCUUUACCCAACUUAGUAUGAGAGAUGAGGGACUAAUAAUUAUGGCACCACAUGUUAUUAACAGGUGAUUCUUAACCACUUGAACCUAAAGGGUUGUCACCUCUGUUUAGCUUUCUUACUCAAUGACAAACGACUGUAAAAUUAAACUGGCUCAAUCCCACUGGGGCAGGCUCUGUCAAACUUAAUGAGCACAGAGUUUAUUAGCGUGGUGGGGAAAACACAUCUCAUGGUGGUUCUUUAUCUGGUGGGAUUUGAUCUUCUGUGUUUUUUUAUGGUCUCUCUUCCAGCAUACCAUGAUGUCUUUCCAUCAUGCAACAAAGAUUAUCUUUAACAUUUUUGUAGAUUAUAGUAGCUCCACUGGAACAGGCCAAACGGCAAAUGGAAGUCUCUACAAUCAUUUGUUUUGCUUACUUAUUAGCUUUUAGGAGAAUUCAUGAGUUGAGGACUGUGGCCCUAAGAACUGUUGUGUUGACUUUGUGGUACAGUCUGUGCUCAUCUCUUCUGUCUGACGCUUUCUUCUUACAGUUUCCUUAACGUUUACUGAUACAUUUUUUUUCCUGCAGGGGUCAGUAAACCUAUCUGCCAAAGCAGAUCACGUAAUUCAAAUGAAAUAAACGGGCUUCAACAAAACCUUUUGUGAAGUGGCUCCAUAUAACCCUUGUAUAAACGCCCAAAGCUCUACAGCAGCAAUAGGUGAACAGGUUGAGAGAGUGAAACGCCAUGUUUGCAAAUUAAGUAACCUUAAGUCUCCCUGUUACGUAUUUCUACCUAUGCUAAUCCUUAUUAAAUACAUCUUUCAAAUUAGAGCAUCUAGGUUACUGAAAUAUUAAUUAGUAAAUUUAAUAUUACAGUGUGAUCUGAAAGGGAACCGUUGUCCAUAACGAUAGGAAAAGUUAUUUUAAAUGUAGUUUAUUGUACCUAAAUAAUACAUUUUACUAUAGUAGUACUUACUGUGUAGUUUUACUCUAUAAUUCCCUUCAUUUUCCAUGAACUUAUGUGAUUACAUAAAACCUGUCUUUUAUUUCUCUUUUACAGGAAAAGUCAUCGCGCUUGUCAGCAGCGUUAUUUGGUGAGGACUGUGAAAUCAGCCACGACCAGGUGUAUGAGUUGUUAAAGUAUGCAGCUUUGGGAAAAUGCCACAAUGCAACACAACCCAGCUGGUGCCGCAUUUAUCACCAAAGCCACCUGGCUGGGGUUGUGGUUAUUGUUCUGCAUGAAAUGAGCCAACUCCAUUUCUACAAAUUCUAUUUACAGUUCAGACACCUCAGAAAAGUGUUCCGGCAUAGAUUCACAUUACCACCUUCUUCAGCUACCUUCCUAGCCAACCUGUAUGGAGAAGAAGCAAACUUGAAUCCUCAAAACACUGCACAAGGCUUGACUUCCACUAGCAGUGAAUGUGUUCCUAACAGCUCAGACUUGCAGUGGGAUCCUAUUAUCCAGAAAUAUGGAAAAGAAAAACGAGGCAUGACUAGCUACACUCUAACUUUAGAAGAGCUGAAAAAGAAUGAUUAUCCCAUGAAAGGCUCCCCUGGCUGUGAGGACUAUAUGUACACAGAGUGUGAUCAGCAGAGGACAGACAGCAGCCCCCUCUUUGGUCUGGAUUGUGAAAUGUGUCUGACGGCAAAAGGCAAUGAAGUCACUCGUGUCUCUUUAGUGGAUGCACAGGGUCGCUGCCUCUUGAAUGAACUAGUCAAACCUGAAAGCAGGAUAGUGAACUACCGCACCAGAUUCUCAGGAAUCACAAGAAAAAUUCUUCUUCCAGUGAAAACAAAACUGGCAGACAUCCAAACCAGACUAAAAAAAAUGCUUCCCCAUGAUGCAGUAUUGGUGGGUCAUUCUUUAAAUGCUGAUCUUCAAGCCUUGCAAAUGAUCCACCCCAGUGUUAUUGAUACUUCAUUGCUUUUUGCCAGAAAUGAAGGUCGAAGAUUUAAGCUAAAAUUUCUAGCCAAAGCAGUUUUAGGGAAAGAGAUCCAAUGUGAACAGAAGCUUGGACAUGAUCCUGCAGAAGAUGCUAGAGCUGCGCUGGAAUUGGCUCAGUUCUUUAUUGAGCAGGGACCAGCAAAGGUAGCAGAACUAAACUUGGAGAUGCUUCUGACAACCGAAAGACUGACUGAGGUAUCACAGAACAAAUCCGCAUUACAACUGCAACAAAAUAGAGUCCAGAGACAGUUGAAUGAUCCGCCACGUUUAUCCAAACCAUGUUUUUUAGACUGCUUGCAGAUGACUGGCCAAAAACCCCUCCUUUUGGGCAGACAGGAACUAGACUCUUCUGGCUUGUGUCAGAGUAACCUGAGCACUUCAAACAAACAGGUUCUUCAGAGAGCCCUAGAAGAUGUUCCCCUGUCCACAUUCAGUAUCAUUCAGUUCAGUUUGGAUCCAGAGUACGUUGCACCUGACCUUCUUGCUGGAAUUUGUGAAAAGGUGAGAAUCAAGCUGACUGACAUGCUGACAAUUUACGCAGGUCCUUUUGAUGAAAACUUUUGCCUGAAGUCCGUGAAGAAAGAAUUUGGGAGGUGCGGGCCAAUCCGAUCUCUUACAGUGGUGACAGAAACAUACCGGCCCUAUGUCUGUAUCCAAUACGAAGUGCUGGAGGCUGCCCAACUUGCUGUGGAAAGUCUGAAUGGAGCUGAGGUAGCAGGAUCCUGUAUUAAGGUUCAGAGACCUAUCACUGCAACAAUGCUGGACUGUGACGUGCUCAUAAAGGAGCUAGAAUUAGAUAUAGAAAAUGAAGGUGUGAUUUAUGUGGCGGGUCUAAAGAAGUCAUUAACAGAGACAGACUUGCAAGAAGAAUUCAGCCAGUUGAAAGACCUAGAAGCUUUGUUCCUGCCAAGGGAUCUCCAGAGUGGAAAGCACAGGAACUGCUGUUUCCUCAAAUUCCAGAAAUCAGAAAGUGCUGUGGAUGCCCUUGAAGUUAUAAAUGGAUGGGCAAUGACGGGCAGCAGGCUAAGAAGUAGGAAGGCUCUUGCGCCAGGUCACCUCUGGAGAUGGAUUGGGCAAAUGGAUCACGGCAAUGGGAAGCAAAGAAGAAAUAUUUUAUGUGAGGAAAAGGAGCAACAAUCUGACUCUGAACAGGAGUUAAGGAAAAAGCUGAAGAAGCUAGACCAGCACAUCAGGAAGCUUUAUAGACGUCUGCAGAAUAAUACCCUGUGCAUUGUUCUCUUUCCUGGGGUGAACAGCAUACAUGGAUCACAGUCUGGCCUUGGUCUGAUGGGAAUAAAAGAUGACGGAGCGAGGAGUGCUUGUUAAGUUGCCAAGUUUUUAAGCAAAGUCUUUUGUUAAGAUAUUUUUAAUUACUUUAAAUAUUGAUGUAUUUGUAAAGGUCUCUCUCGUACCAUAAGAACAAUAGGCUUUCAUGUUGCAUCUUUCAUAAAGUCUAAAAAUAAAAGCUAUUCAAAACA